GGUGCGGCCGGCGACAUCAGGCGACACGGCGCGACGCGACACGGCGCGACGCGACACGACGCGACGCGACAAUUUGUUCGUAGUCGUCGUUCAAAGGAGGCGUUGUCACCAAUCAAGAAGGCGGGGACCUCAGCAACGGCAAACCAGGGCGUUGACAAGCCAUGA